CCAAGUCGCGGUUGCUUUGACAGUUCGCGAUGGCCGCCACCGGGUCUGCAGGGGUGCCGGCGACGGUGUCGGGCAAACAAGAGUUUUACCAGCUAUUGAAGAACCUGAUCAAUCCCAGCUGUAUGGUGCGGAGACAAGCAGAGGAGAUCUAUGAAAACAUCCCAGGUCUGUGUAAGACUACAUUCCUCUUAGAUGCCGUCCGAAAUAGAAGAGCAGGUUAUGAGGUGAGACAAAUGGCUGCCGCACUGCUACGACGGCUUUUGUCUUCUGGGUUUGAGGAAGUCUAUCCAAACCUGCCUGCUGAUGUGCAGCGGGAUGUCAAGAUUGAGCUGAUACUGGCUGUCAAGUUAGAAACACAUGCCAGCAUGAGGAAAAAACUCUGUGAUAUUUAUGCUGUGCUCGCCAGGAAUUUGAUAGAUGAGGAUGGGACUAACCACUGGCCUGAAGGUCUGAAGUUCCUUAUUGAUGCCAUCUAUUCUAAAAAUGUGGUUCUGUGGGAAGUGGCGCUUCACGUUUUCUGGCACUUUCCUGGGAUUUUUGGGAACCAAGAGCGGCACGAUUUGGAUAUCAUCAAGCGGUUGUUGGACCAGUGUAUUCAAGAUCAAGAACAUCCAGCAAUCAGGACAUUAUCUGCUAGAGCAGCAGCUGCUUUUAUACUUGCUAAUGAGAAUAACACUGCUCUUUUCAAAGACUUUGCGGACUUGCUUCCUGGAAUCUUGCAGGCUGUGAAUGACUCUUGCUACCAGGAUGAUGAUUCUGUGUUAGAAUCCCUUGUUGAGAUCGCAGAUACUGUACCUAAGUACUUGGGUCCUCAUUUAGAAGCAACUCUGCAAUUAAGUCUAAUGUUGUGUGGUGAUGCUAGGCUUAGUAAUCUACAACGCCAGCUGGCUCUUGAAUUAAUAGUGACCUUGUCUGAAACAGCAACCCCAAUGUUGCAAAAACAUACGAAUAUUAUUGCACAGGCUAUUCCUCAUAUAUUAGCAAUGAUGGUUGAUCUACAAGAUGAUGAGGACUGGGUAAAUGCUGAUGAGUUGGAAGAAGAUGAUUUCGACAGCAAUGCAGUUGCUGCUGAGAGUGCUUUGGACAGACUGGCUUGUGGGCUUGGUGGGAAACUUGUUCUACCAAUUACUAAAGAGCAUAUCAUGCAGAUGCUUCAGAGCCAUGACUGGAAAUGCCGACAUGCCGGAUUAAUGGCCUUAUCAGCCAUUGGAGAAGGGUGCCACCAGCAAAUGGAGCCAAUUCUAGAUGAAACUGUUAACUCUGUUUUGCUUUUUCUUCAGGAUCCUCAUCCAAGGGUGAGGGCUGCAGCCUGCACUACACUUGGACAGAUGGCCACAGACUUUUCACCUAACUUCCAAAAGAAGUUUCAUGAAACAGUGAUCGCAGCUCUGUUGCGUACCAUGGAAAAUCAAGGUAAUCAGCGAGUGCAAUCACAUGCAGCUUCUGCUCUUAUUAUUUUUAUUGAAGACUGCCCCAAGUCAUUAAUAGUUCUAUAUUUGGAUGGUAUGGUGAAAAAUCUACAUUCCAUCUUGGUGAUUAAGCUUCAAGAGUUGAUUCGGAAUGGAACUAAGUUGGCCUUGGAACAGCUUGUGACAACCAUUGCCUCAGUUGCAGAUACUAUAGAAGAAAAAUUUGUUCCAUAUUAUGAUAUAUUUAUGCCCUCAUUAAAGCAUAUUUUUGAGCUAGCAGUUGAGAAAGAACUCAAACUACUAAAAGGAAAAACUAUUGAAUGCAUUAGUCAUAUUGGGCUUGCUGUUGGAAAGGAAAAAUUCAUGCAAGAUGCAUCAAAUGUGAUGCAGCUUUUGUUGAAGACUCAGUCAGACUUAAGUAAUAUGGAAGAGGAUGACCCACAGACUUCUUACAUAGUUUCUGCAUGGGCUAGAAUGUGUAAAAUUCUUGGAAAUGAUUUUCAGCAAUACCUUCCUCUGGUUAUUGAGCCCCUUAUUAAGACUGCUUCAGCUAAACCUGAUGUUGCUCUCUUAGAUACACAAGAUGUGGAGAAUAUGAGUGAUGAUGAUAGUUGGCAAUUUGUAAAUCUUGGAGACCAGCAAAGUUUUGGAAUCAAAACUUCAGGACUUGAAGCAAAAGCAACUGCUUGUCAGAUGUUGGUGUAUUAUGCUAAGGAGUUAAAAGAAGGAUUUGUGGACUAUACAGAACAAGUUGUGAAGCUAAUGGUUCCUUUACUGAAAUUUUAUUUUCAUGACAGUGUUCGAGUGGCAGCAGCAGAAUCCAUGCCUUUUCUCCUAGAAUGUGCAAAAGUCCGUGGAUCAGAGUAUCUUGCACAGAUAUGGCAGUUUGUAUGUGAUCCUUUAAUCAAGGCUAUUAGCACUGAACCUGAUACAGAUGUACUCUCAGAAAUAAUGAGUUGUUUUGCAAAGUCUAUUGAAGUAAUGGGUGAUGGAUGUCUUAGUGAUGAACACUUGGAAGAACUAGGAGAAAUACUGAAAGCAAAACUUGAAGGGCACUUUAAAAACCAAGAAUUAAGACAAGUUAAAAGACAGGAAGAAAACUAUGACCAACAAGUUGAGAUGUCUCUACAAGAUGAGGAUGAAUGUGAUGUUUAUAUUCUUACCAAAGUAUCAGAUAUUUUGCACUCAUUAUUUAGUACUUAUAAAGAAACUAUUUUACCAUGGUUUGAACAGCUGCUUCCACUAAUUGUAAAUCUAAUUUGUUCUAAUAGGCCAUGGCCAGACAGACAGUGGGGACUGUGCAUAUUUGAUGAUAUCAUAGAGCACUGUAGUCCAACCUCAUUUAAAUAUGUAGAAUACUUUCGGUGGCCAAUGCUGUUAAAUAUGCGAGAUAACAACCCUGAAGUUAGGCAAGCUGCUGCUUAUGGGCUGGGUGUUAUGGCACAAUUUGGUGGAGAUGAUUACCGCUCCUUAUGCUCAGAAGCUGUUCCAUUGCUGGUAAAAGUUAUUAAGUAUGCAAAUUCCAAGACCAAAAAAAAUGUCAUUGCUACAGAGAACUGUAUCUCGGCAGUAGGGAAGAUUUUGAGAUUUAAACCUAACUGUGUUAAUGUAGAUGAAAUUCUUCCACACUGGUUGUCAUGGCUGCCACUUCAUGAGGAUAAAGAAGAAGCUAUUCAGACUUUGAGUUUUCUUUGUGACUUAAUUGAAAGUAAUCAUCCAGUUGUUCUUGGUCCAAAUAAUUCUAAUCUUCCCAAACUAAUCGGUAUAAUUGCAGAAGGAAAAAUUAAUGAUACUAUUAACUAUGAAGAUCCUUGUGCCAAGCGCCUUGCAAAUGUUGUACGUCAGGUGCAGACUUCUGAAGAAUUAUGGUUGGAGUGCAUAACACAGCUUGAUGAUGGUCAGCAGGAAGCCUUACAGGAGUUGUUAAAUUUUGCUUGAAGCACUUUACUCUCACUUGAAUAUCAGCUACCAUGAAAGUAAUUCAGUGUUGUAAAGGAUUUUGUUACA